AUGAAUGAAAAUGAGAAAAAAACAGGUUAUUUUGUGAAUGAUAUAAGUAUUUAUAAAGAAAAAGAGGUAGAAUUUCAAAACUUAACUAACGCAGACGACUUUAAUUAUAAUUUUAAUAAUUUUGUUCAUUUAAUUUGUAAAAUAAAAAAUGUGAGAAAACAUGGAAAAUACUUAUAUUUUUAUGACACUAUAACAAAAGAUAAUGAAAACGAAAAAAAAAAUUUAUUUUUUUAUAAAUAUCAUUUUUUAAAUUAUAAUGAUAGUUUUUAUUUUAUUAAAAAUAUGUUUAGUGAAGAAGUUAUUAAAACAGAAGAUAAUGUACAGAUAAUAAUUAAUAAAAAAUUUUACAUCGAUGAGGAAAAAUUAGUUUUAUAUCAAAAAUAUUUAAUGAACAAAUUUUACAAAAAAAAUAAACAAAAUGAUGAAAUUAAUAUAAAUGAGGAGAAUUUUUAUAAUUCUAUUAAUUUAAGUAAAUAUUUUUAUAGUAAUUUGCAGAAAAAUAGAUAUGCAGAAUCAUCAAGUGAUGAUCAAUUAAACAAUCUUCCAUUAUUGUUAAUUAAUGAAUACAUAAAACAUGAAAAUAUUAAUAAAAUUAUUAAAACAGAUUCGUUAAUAUAUAUUAUAGGAUUACCAGCGUUAACAAAUACCAAUGAAAAAUCUAUAAUUGUAUUUUCUUCUUAUCUACUUGAAGUAAAUUAUGAAUAUUUCAAUAUUAGUGAACUUUUCAAAUUAUUUGAAAAAAACUCUAUAUCUAUGUUAACAUUAUGUAGAAGUUUGAGGAUGACGGAGAAUUACAUUCUUAAUAUUUAUAAUAAAAGUGAUAAAGAAAAAAAUAAAUAUAUAUUUAAUAUUGUAUACAAAAAUAAGAAUUACAAAAGUAUAUCAAAUCAAAAAAUGAAUAAUUUUGAAAUUUUUAUAAUAAAAGUUAUUGAUGUUUUACCUAAAUUAUUUAAAAUACAUAAAAGUAAAUUUACUUUUAAUACUAUUUGUUCAAAAGAUGAUGAUGAAGUAUUUAAUUAUUUGGAUGAAAAUACAUUUAAUAAUAUUUUAAUUAAUGAUUGUAUUUUUAGUCCAGAUAUUAAAGAUAAAAAAAAAAAAAAAAAAAAAAAAAAAAAUAAAGAUAUGACAUUUUACAUGAGCAAAAAAAAAAUUCCACAAAUAUACUGGAUGUUUAAUCAUAUAAAAAAAUUACUAAGUGAAAUAAAGAAAGAAAAUNAUAAAAAAAAAAAAAAAAAAAAAAAAAAAAAUAAAGAUAUGACAUUUUACAUGAGCAAAAAAAAAAUUCCACAAAUAUACUGGAUGUUUAAUCAUAUAAAAAAAUUACUAAGUGAAAUAAAGAAAGAAAAUACAAAUGACACACUUUUUUUUUGUAGAAAUACUAUUUUGUCUAUAGGUAUGUUAGUUAACAAGUAUAUUGAAGAUAAUAAUACUUUUUAUGAUAAUUAUUUACAAUUUUUAAAUUUAUUUAUUCAAAAAAAUGAUAAAUUAGUUAAUGAAGAAAAUGUAAAAAAGAUUAAAAAUUAUAUUCAGCAAAGCACUAAGAAGAAUGGAAAUAUUUUUGAAAAUUCAAAAUGGAAAAAUGCAGAAUUUUACAAUAUUACAGAAUUUUAUUUAGACAAUAUUGUUGACUCAAACGAAAAAAUAAAAAUCAAUAGAAAAAAAAAUGAUUUUGAAAAAAAUAAUAAUUAUUAUCAUUUAAAUGAGAUAUAUUCUGACGAUUAUAACGAUAAAAAAAAUGAUAACAAUUGUGAUAUAAAUGGAAUGAAUAAAGAAAAUUAUGACAGUGAUAAAAGUUUUAAUAACUAUGAAUUAAGUGAAAUAAGUAAUAAUUUUCAAACUAAUAACCAAACAUAUGAGUUUUGCAUUUUAGAUGUAGGAGGAGGAAAAGGGGAUUUAGGUAUUUACAUUUCAUUAGCAUUUAAAAAUGUUUUAGUCAUCAUAUUAGAUAUUAAUGUUAAUUCUCUUUUUACUUGUUUUUUAAAAAUAUAUUCUAAUAGAAUUAGGAAUAUUCUAAUAAUUAAUGAAUCAAUAUUGAACUUUGAUUUUAAAAAAUACAAAGUUAAUUUAAUAGUUGGUUUGCAUUGUUGUGGGGGGUUAACUGAUUACACGUUAAAAAAAUGUAUUGAUGAAAAAAUUCCCUUUUUAAUAUGUUCUUGUUGUUAUACGAAAUAUAGAGAUUUAAGAAAAUAUAUAUUUGAUUUUAAAAAUGAAAUGAUAAUAAAUGAUAUUGAAAAUUAUAUUUACAAUGAGAAUUAUAAUAUUUAUAUGAACAAUAUUACAUGUGAAUAUAUAAAGGGAAACCAUGGAAUAAAUCGUAAAAAUGAUGAUACUACUAAUAUUACUAAUGAUACUAAUGACAAAAAUAAUAAUAUAGGUAAUAAUUAUAACUCUAAUGUAAUUAAUAAAAAUACGGAUAUCCUAGAUAAUGUAAAUAAAAAAAAAGACAUUAUUUUAAACGAAAAUUCUUUGAAAGAAAGCAAUCACACUAUUUCUUAUCAAGAUAAAUUAGAAUUAGAAAAAGAUAGUAAUGAAAAAAAUAUAAAAAAGUAUGAUAAAUAUGAAAAAAAGUUGAUCAGAAGAAUUAUACCCGAUAUAUAUUCGUUUAUAAAUUUAUUAUCUAAAUUAUGUGAAAGUGAAAAUAAAGAAAUAUCUUUUAAAUGUAUGUACUUUUAUAAUACACUAAGACUUUAUAUCUUACAAAAAAUGUUUCAAAAAACAAGUAAUAUAAAAGAAAAAAAAAAAAUUAAUUUGUCUUUACAUUCUUUUCCAGUUUCUUUUUCACCAAAAAAUAUUGUCUUAAAAGGUUUUUUUUUAUAA